AUUUCUAGUUUCUCGAAUCGUCGUGAUCAUCAUCAACUCAGUGCUGUAAUAUCUGUUUCUCAGCUCACUGAAUCUAAUGGCUUUCGCUCAUUAUUUGUUUGCAGUUCCGAUGGACACUUCAAUUCACCCCAAAAUUUCAAUUCCCCCUUCGUUUUGUUCCAUUGAAUCCCCAUCUUCCUUACCUUUCCCAUCUUUUUCUUCCCCUUUUCCUACAUUGUCUAAAGCUCGAACCAGAAUCAACAGAGUGGGACACAAAGCAAAAGCUGAGCCUCGAGAAUCUGAAGUGAAUAUAGAAGCUGAUGCGUUUUCUCAUUUCAAGCAUUUGCUGCUUCCAAUAACUGAUAGAAAUCCUUAUCUUUCUGAAGGAACUAGACAGGCUGCUGCAACUACUGCUGCUUUGGCAAAGAAGAAUGGAGCUGACAUUACUGUUGUGGUUAUCGAUGAAAAGCAGAAAGAGUCAUUACCGGAGCAUGAAACUCAAUUGGCAAGUGUUCGCUGGCAUCUCUCUGAAAGUGGAUUUAAGGAAUUCAAGUUGUUGGAGCGACUCGGGGAAGGAUCCAAGCCUACUGCUAUCAUCGGUGAAGUUGCGGAUGAACUGAAUUUGGAUCUCGUGGUAAUGAGCAUGGAAGCCAUUCAUUCCAAGCACGUCGAUGCAAAUCUAUUGGCCGAGUUCAUCCCGUGCCCCGUCUUGCUUUUACCAUUGUAAGAUCCUAUGAUUGAAAUUGAACUCAAAUAUGUGUUGCAAAUGCCAGUUUUUCUCCUAGGCUUUUGUGAUCUUCAUGUAAUUUGUUCAAACUUUGCUAAUUGAUUAGCUGAUUCUGGUAGUACUAGUCUUUACAAGAGCUUGGGAAAUGACAGAUUUAGCAUUAUCUAUAAAUGGUUGAGCUUUUUUAGCAUAA